AUGAAAAGUGAGCCUAGCUUGCCUUUCAAGCGUCUACAGAUACGUUCAGAAGAAUUAUUGAGCCAGUAUGAGCGACCAUACGAUCCAGAUGAAGCACAUCUACCUAUCGAAUGGCUACGCAAGAACGCAAGAGAUAGACCAGACGCUAUCGCUCACGAAUUAUGCGAUGAGCCGGAUGACGAACAAAUACGAACUCUCACAUUUGGACAAUCGGACGAACGCAGUAAUAUAAUGGCAAAUUGGCUUCUUCAAAAGCACAACGUUCAACAUGGAAAGCCGAUUGGGGUUAUGAGAAAACGUGAUGAGCACUUUUAUAUUGCCAUGGCCGCUAUUCUCAAAGCAGGAUGCUGUUACUUGCCAAUCGAUAAAGAUUUACCGAAUGAACGAAAAGAAUUCAUCAUCCGGGAUUCCAAUGCAGCGCUUCUCUUGACUGAUGAAGAAGGAGCAGGGGCUGGUCUGGCCAGCAAGCCAAGCUUCAACAUGGACGACUUCUCCAUUCAAAAAGAGAUCGCUCAGUAUGACUCUACUGCACCCAAUGUGAAGGUAGACUUGGAUGAUCUAGCAUACAUCCUCUAUACCUCAGGCACGAGCGGCAACCCGAAAGGAUGUUUGCUAAUGCAUCGUGGAUUAUAUUGGGCAAUCAAAAUGUUUGUUGAGAUUCCAAGUAAAGUCACAAAUCCAGACACGGAUAAACGAUUGGCAAUGGCAGCCGUUGCAUUUGAUGUGCAUGUAAGUGAAAUGGUACAAGGUUGGGCGAUCGGAACAAGAUUGGUCAGUAUUAGUUCAAGAAUGUCUUUAUUGGCUGAUUUGCAGGGAACGAUCGAACGUUUUGGUAUCACACACAUUGGAAUGGUGCCAAGUAUGAUUGAAGCUACAUUGACAAAGUCACCUUCGGAAUUGCCGUUGAAGUAUAUUACUUCAGGAGGAGAAAAGAUUAACGAUAAAGUCUUGCAAAAAUGGGCUUCCCACCCUGGAAUCCUCUUCGGCAACUUGUAUGGCCCGACAGAAGCAACGAUUGGAUGUACGGCAAGGAUCAUUCGAGGAACGGAUGAGCCGAAAGAGGACAUUGGACAUGCUUUUGUUGGAAGCGGUGCUUAUAUUGCCGACUCGGAUUUGAACAUCUUACCAAAAGGAGUUUCGGGAGAGCUAAUAAUUGAAGGUCCGUUAGUUGCAAGAGGGUAUCUAAACUUGCCAGAAGCAACCAAGAAGAAUUUUAUCGAAUGGCCAAGAAAAGGUUGUCGUGCGUAUAGGACUGGUGAUUUGGUCAGAAUGAAUUUCGAUGGCAGUCUUUCCAUUCAUGGAAGAAUAGAUUCUCAAAUCAAAUUACGCGGAGUUCGUAUCGAGAGUGAAGGUGUAAGCGCAGUGAUCAGCAAUGCAAGUAAACAAAGUCGAAUUGACGCAGUGAGUGUGAUUUGCAAACAUGAAGCUGUUGGAAAUGCAGAUAUGUUGGUCACAUUCAUCACGCCUAGCAUCCAGAAAGAGAAAUCCAAGGACUCUAAAUCUGCCAAUGAGAGAAGAGGAAAGCCGGAGGUGAGGGAGCUGGAAGAUGGACAGCUGAUGGACACUCUCAGGAAGGCAUCGGUCGAAGGAUUGGCAAGUUAUAUGAGACCUUCUCACAUCAUACCGCUCACAUUCUUCCCGCUGAGUCACAAUGGAAAGAUCGAUACCAAGCCAUUGGCUAGCCUGUUCGCUGAGACAUCUAUGCCAACAUUAAUGAAGGUGCAG